AUGGGCAAAAGCCCAAAGGCAUAUUGCAUAAUUUUCCAAGUUCACAAUCCAGGGCUCACUAAUCUCAUUCAGUUAACCCAACUUUCUGCUUACAGACAAAAGGCAUGGGAAAACCUGACCAGCGUAUCAGAAUUUUUCCUUCUGGGGUUCUCCCAGCAGCCAGAGCAGCAGGGGGUUGUCUUAGGGCUGUUCCUGUCCAUGAACCUCGUCACAGUGGUGGGAAACCUUAUCAUACUGGCCAUCAUCGCUGAUGCUCAACUCCACACUCCCAUGUAUUUCUUCCUAGGCAACCUCUCCCUGGCUGAACCUGCUUUGUUUCCACCAGUCCCCAAGAUGCUGCCCAACCAAUGGGUGCAAAGCCUGGUCAUCUCAUAUGCAGAGUGCCUAUCACAGCUGUAUUUUUUCAUGCUGUUUGUGAUGGUGGAGGCAUUCCUCUUGGCUGUCAUGGCCUAUGACUGCUACGUGGCCAUAUGCCACCCACUCCAUUACAUCAUGGUCAUAAGCCUUGGUCUCUGCGUCUUCCUAGCGUCUGCAUCCUGGAUCAUGAAUGCCCUCCACUCCCUCCUACACACACUCCUGAUGAACAGCCUGUCCUGUGCAGCCCAUGAGAUCCCACAGUCCUGUGAAAUCAGCCCCCUUCUGAGUCCCUGCAUGGACCCCUUCAUCAGUGAGCCGGUGAUCUUCACUGUAGGGGGUCGCCUGGUCCGUGUGCUUUUCCUGGUUAUCUCUUAUGCAUCCAUUUUCUUGAUGAUCCUGAAGGUCCCCUCAGUGCAGGGAAAGCGGAAAUCCUUUUCCACCUGCAACUCCCACCUCUCCGUGGUCUCUCUAUUCUUUGGGAGUUCCUUUUGUGUUUGUUUCAGUCCCCCCUCAAUCCACUCAGCAUAGAAGGACACAGCUGCUUCAGUGAUGUACACAGUGGUAACCCUGAUGUUGAAUCCAUUUAUCUAUAUUUUGAGGACCAGAGACAUCAAGUCUUCCCUGAGAAAGCUAAUUUGGGCUAGAAAAAUUCAUUUUCUUUAG